GGAGGGGGGAGCGCCCGGGCCAGGCUGCACCGCGUUCCUGGAGGGGAGAAAAGCCCGGCUGCGGCACAAAAACCGAGGCCUGGGUGAGGCGCCAACCCAAGCUGCCAGCAGCGGAAGGAGAGGGGGGUCUCAGGCGCUCAGCCCUCGCCCGUGGUAGGUCGGUGCGGAGACCAGAGCUGGAAGCCAAACGCAGACAGUUGGCGAGAAGCACCAGCCCCCUCCGCCGGCCUACUAGCUGCGGGGAGGGGUUUCUCACGCCCCCUGCUCCUGGGUGACUGCACCGGAGGUCGGAAGGAAGCGGGGCGAGGGGAUGAGUCAUCCCGCCUAAUUCCUCCUUCCCGGUCCCUCGCCUCCGCACGCCGGCCCCCUCCCGAGAUCGAGCAGCCGGGAGCGAAAACUCGCUCAUCCUGAGUCCGCUACCAAACCCGCUGUGGCCUGCAUAAGAGAGGUGAAGGACGGGGCGUGUGGCCAAUGAGAGCUUCGCCCUCUCGCCGCCAGCCAAUGGGCCGCUGUUUACAGGGUAGGGCGGGACUCGAAGGGGGCGGUCCCGGGCUGGCGCGCGGCGUCGCGGUCCGGUGGCUCACAGAGACAGUGGCUCAGAGACAGAGCGCCUCACAGGGAGUCGGCGCCCAAGCGACGCGGGAAGGCGCCACCGCCGCCGCCGCUGGCCAGGGUGCUGGAUACGACAGGCCGGUCGACCGCUUCGCCAGCUCAGGCACCCGUUGCAGCUGCCGCGGCUUCGCUCCCAGCCCGGUCCUCAUGGAAGAGAUGGAAGAAGAGUUAAAAUGCCCUGUGUGCGGCUCCUUCUAUCGGGAGCCCAUCAUCCUGCCCUGCUCUCACAAUUUAUGUCAAGCGUGCGCCCGCAACAUCCUGGUACAGACCCCGGAGUCUGAAUCCCCCCAGAGCCGUCGGGCCUCGGGCUCCGGGGUCUCCGACUAUGACUAUCUGGACCUGGACAAGAUGAGCCUGUACAGCGAAGCGGACAGCGGCUAUGGUUCCUAUGGGGGUUUCGCCAGUGCCCCCACUACCCCGUGCCAGAAGUCCCCCAAUGGCGUCCGCGUGUUCCCCCCGGCUAUGCCGCCACCGGCCACCCACCUGUCACCGGCCUUGGCCCCGGUGCCCCGCAACUCCUGUAUCACCUGCCCCCAGUGCCACCGCAGCCUCAUACUGGAUGACCGGGGGCUCCGCGGCUUCCCCAAGAACCGCGUCCUGGAAGGGGUAAUUGACCGCUACCAGCAGAGCAAAGCCGCAGCCCUCAAGUGCCAGCUCUGCGAGAAGGCGCCUAAGGAGGCCACCGUCAUGUGCGAACAGUGCGAUGUCUUCUACUGCGAUCCAUGCCGCCUGCGCUGCCACCCGCCCCGAGGGCCCCUAGCCAAGCACCGCCUGGUGCCCCCGGCCCAGGGCCGCGUGAGCCGGCGGCUGAGCCCGCGCAAGGUCUCCACCUGCACAGACCACGAGCUGGAGAACCACAGCAUGUAUUGCGUGCAGUGCAAGAUGCCUGUGUGCUACCAGUGCUUGGAGGAGGGCAAACAUUCCAGCCAUGAAGUAAAAGCUCUGGGGGCCAUGUGGAAACUGCACAAGAGCCAGCUCUCCCAGGCCCUGAACGGACUAUCAGACAGGGCCAAAGAAGCCAAGGAGUUUCUGGUGCAGCUCCGCAACAUGGUCCAGCAGAUCCAGGAGAACAGCGUGGAGUUUGAGGCUUGCCUGGUGGCCCAAUGUGAUGCCCUCAUUGAUGCCCUCAACAGAAGGAAAGCCCAGCUACUUGCACGUGUCAACAAGGAGCAUGAACACAAGCUGAAGGUGGUUCGAGAUCAGAUCUCUCACUGCACAGUGAAAUUGCGCCAGACCACAGGUCUCAUGGAGUACUGCCUGGAGGUCAUUAAGGAAAAUGAUCCUAGUGGCUUUUUGCAGAUUUCCGACGCCCUCAUAAGGAGAGUGCACCUGACUGAGGACCAGUGGGGGAAAGGCACGCUCACUCCCAGGAUGACCACGGACUUCGACCUGAGUCUGGACAACAGCCCUCUACUGCAAUCCAUUCACCAGCUCGACUUCGUGCAGAUGAAAGCUUCCUCUCCAGUCCCAGCAACCCCCAUCCUGCAGCUGGAGGAGUGUUGUACUCACAACAACAGUGCCACGCUGUCCUGGAAACAGCCACCUCUGUCCACGGUGCCUGCCGAAGGCUACAUUCUGGAGCUGGAUGACGGCAAUGGUGGUCAGUUCCGGGAAGUGUAUGUUGGAAAGGAGACGAUGUGCACCGUGGACGGUCUUCACUUCAACAGCACAUACAACGCUCGCAUCAAGGCCUUCAACAAAACAGGAGUCAGCCAGUACAGCAAGACCCUGGUCCUCCAAACGUCUGAGGUGGCCUGGUUCGCUUUCGACCCCGGCUCGGCACACGCUGACAUCAUCUUCUCCAACGACAACCUGACCGUGACCUGCAGCAGCUACGAUGACCGGGUGGUGCUGGGGAAAACCGGCUUCUCCAAGGGUGUCCACUACUGGGAGCUAACCGUGGAUCGCUACGAAAACCACCCUGACCCCGCCUUCGGCGUGGCUCGCAUCGACGUGAUGAAGGAUGUGAUGUUAGGGAAGGACGACAAAGCCUGGGCAAUGUAUGUGGACAAUAACCGGAGCUGGUUCAUGCACAACAACUCGCACACCAACAGAACCGAGGGAGGGAUCACCAAGGGGGCCACAAUCGGGGUCCUCCUCGACUUGAACAGGAAAACCUUGACCUUUUUUAUCAACGACGAACAGCAGGGUCCCAUAGCCUUCGAGAAUGUGGAAGGCCUGUUCUUCCCGGCAGUCAGCCUGAACAGGAAUGUGCAGGUCACGCUUCACACCGGGCUCCCAGUCCCUGACUUCUACUCCAGCAGAGCAUCAAUAGCCUAAGGAUGGGCUGUGGAGGCACCAGCUGCCCGUCCUUACCUCCGUCCUUACCUCCGCCUGAGAGAGCGACAGCAGGAGCUCAGCCAGCAUGUGGUGGGAUGCCGGAGAGCUGGAAGCAGAGGGGGAGGAGGAGAGAAAAGCUGGUCCCCACGUGCUCACACCCCACAGCGCUGCUCCACUCCUUCCUUUCCAGCCUCUCUCCUGUUCUGAUGCCUGCAUUCACUUCUGCGUCCCGUCCAGCAACUCUAACCAACAAAGGACCUAGACCGCCCACGCUGUCACUUAGUUUCCACUCCCGGAUUUUGCUUUUAUUUUACAUAAGCUUUUUUAUGUAGGUGAGUUAUAUUUUGUUUCUUUCUGAUCAUGUUAUUAGUGACUUACUGAACUGUUACUGCCAAGAGAAUCUCCUCCUGAUAAACUUUUUCUUAAGCUUUCUGACAAAGAGGUCGUAGAGAGAGGUGGGGAAGAAGUAGUUGAAUUCGGAGCUUGCCGUUUACCUCCUAGAAGGUUCUUGCCGUUACCUCUCGUGCGCUGUUAGCCCUGCAUAGCUAAUCUUUGUGAGGUGGGCAGAGUGAAUGCAGCAUCGAGAAGUUUUACUAUCCAUUGACGCACAAAAAUAAUAGCCAAAUGGCUACACAAAGGUUCACCGCAGGCAGGAUCAUUAGGAGAGCUGGGUCAUUGAAUCAAACUAGAAAGUCUCUAGACAGAGGCAGACCAGGGGGUUUAUGAUUUGGUUCAUUCAUUUAACACAAGUUUUUAACUAAGAACCUACUAUGGACCAGGCACUGUUCUAGACACUGGAGACACAGUGGUGAACAAACAGGUGUGCUUACCGACCUUCUGGAGCUUACAUUCUCAUAGGAGAGCAAACCAAAAAUAAGACAAUUACAAAUUAUUAUAAGUACUGCAAAGUAUAUAAACAAGGGGCAAAGAGGCUCAUUGGCAAGAUCUCUCAGUUCACCAAGAAUGAUGCUAAAAAUCUACCAAUUCUGGCCAUGGCACCAGAAACAUACCAACUCAAUGCCUUUUCAGCUACGCUAUUUUAAUUAUGGUACCUGCUGCCAUUUAUCACAGAGCCCUCCUUUGGCAGAAAUCAUGUCAGCAUUCUUAUUUGUUAAUGCUGCAACGACACUAAGCCUUAAAUAUGAAUGUGGAAAAAAAAAUAGUGACCAGAGAGAGAACCCAUUUUCAGUAAUGGGGGAUCUUAAUUUGCAGUCCAUGGCAUCCGCAUUCUCAGGAUAAACUCACUUGUCUCCAUGUAUAUCUGUGCCUGUUACAAAUGACAAAUCCAUCCACUCUGCUGCCAUUCACAACCUAACUUUCUGGAGUAGUUCAAAUAAUGUUUGGAAGAAAAUGAAAUUGUAUGUCAUUGCUGUGACUAAUAACAGAACGAUAAUUCUUAUUACUUCUCUAUAGAGAUAGACUUACACAGUUACCCUUCAGAUUCUUUAGUUUGACAUGAAGUUUUAGAAAAUGUAGAACAUGGAAAAAAAGGUUCUGAUUAGUUGUCUAAAUAUUUGCCAGUGAGCCAAGAAAUUCCGCAUGAAAAAACAAGAAUAACAGAUAAAAGAGAAGUGGUAGGAUGGGAAAGCUAACAAACUAAAGUUUUGGCAAAAAGUAAUAUAUGUAAAUAGCUAAUUAUUUCCUUUUGUGCUUUAUUGAGCUCAUCUCUAUCAGUUACAGUGUUUUUCUAGUUACGUGUACCUAAUUUAUUGAAUGGGUGCUAUCCUGUUUAUGUCCAUCUUGGUUUCUUGGCUACAGAAAAACUGUUGCAGGCCAACACUAGUUUGAUAUUUGAUUUACUCUCCAAUGAGACUCGAUGGCUGGGCCGCUGUAGACUCAUAGUUACUCUUGUUCUUUAUUAAAUUCAUCCUGCUAAGUAGAUUUCUAGUGACUUGUAACACAUAGUUUACACAGAAUUGCCAUUGUAGAUGCAUACAGCUACUGUACUAGAAAAAUGGAUAUUUCUGGUGUGCCAAUAAAAGAUUUUUAUGAGAGAAU